AUGGCUCAAAGUUUUCACGAUUUUGCCAAAAAUUGGAAUUUUAAGAUAGUUCUAUCCUCACCGUACCAUCACCAAGCAAACGGUAAAACAGAGUCGGCAGUAAAAGUUUUCAAGAAUCUUUUGAAGAAAUCGCGUCAAGAUGGAGUGGACUUCCAACAAGCGUUAUUAGAACUUAGGAACACCCCAUUGCAAGGAAUUUGCUUUAGCCCCACUCAACUUCUCAUGAACCGAAGAACACAAAGCAAACUGUCAAUAAAUAAGAGCUUACUGAAGCCACAAGUUCCACAAAAUGUUCAGAAUCUAUGGGAACGUAAAAAGAGACAGUACAAAAGUCAGUAUGACCAUGGAACCACAGAGCUGCCUCCAUUAUCGAUUGGCCAAAGCGUGUUGUUAAAGAAACAACCCCAACUGAAGAAUGCGACAUGGCUUGAGGGUAAAGUUGUUCAAAAGGAAGGGAGGAGAAAGUACAUUGUGCGCCUGGAAGGAAAAGACUACAUUCGAAAUAGACAAUUUUUAAGAACUUAA